GCAAAGAUCAAUUUCCCAGAGAUCUGAAAUGAGCUUAGUCUGAGGGAAGAAAGAAAAUUUUUGAUGAGGAAGGAGAAAGUUACAUUUGAUGAUGUGCUUCAGAAACUCCAGAGUGGGAGGAAAUAAAGAGGAGAAAAAAGCAAAAGAGAAACCAAUUGAAGUUAAACAAUUAUUCAACGAUCAAGAAAAAUUCAAUCUGAGGUCAAAAAGUGUUUGAGCGUUAAAAUAAAGAUUUUGAUCCUCUCAAUCACAGACGCAGCAGUCAAGAUAUGCAAGAAUAUCAUGAUUGUGGAUCGCCUUCGAAACGUAGAAGGAUUCAAAGGAAAAUAAUUAACUCGAUCGAUGCUCAAUCUUCGAAUAAAUAAGAACUUCCAGAAUACUUUCGGAUUAGAUUUUAGCCUGUUGGAGAACCCCCUCUAUAACCCAUUUAAGUCUAAAUAACGAUACUGAGACUGAAUACAAAGAUAAGGAAGAUGAACAAGUUCCGCAGCAAAGCUAUGAUACCUUGCCAAUCAUAAAUACUUCACAAAAAAGAGAGUCUGCAGCAAAAAUAAUCAAAACCAAAUAAAUUAAGCAUUCAAAUGCUCAACCCGCCCAAGCCGAUGCAGAGGUCUCUUCCUUCAUCAAGGAAGAAUAGUAUGGAGGACUUGCAUCAGAACGAAUAUCGGCAACAAUCAAGAGAUCCCUCCCUGGAGAAGGCUAAAGAGACCGGUAGAAGCCUGCAGAGGUCAAAGUUUGACCAAAUAGCCUGUCAGCUGAGGAAAGUAUAUCAGAAGGGUUCUUCUUCCCCAAAGGAUGUGAAUAAAAGUCAUGAAUUACCUCAAAAUGACCAGCCUCUAACAUUUGAUAUCAGCAUGAGGGACGUGAAACCGUUUGAUGCAAACCUCGACUUGAUCGAAGAAGAUCAGUAUGGAAUAGCCAAGACAUUCUCGAAGGAGACCCAGGCAAAGAAGUUGGUAAAGAGGUUCUUGGCCAUGAACAAGAUCAAGGACUCUAAAAUCAACAACUCUAUUGAGUUGAUUAGUAAAAAUAAAGAUGCCAAGAAUUUUAAGAUUUACACUGACUACUGAAAUAAAUUACUAAUCCCCUUCGGAGAUUCGUUCAUUAAGGAGAAAUAUUAUGCCCAUCAGAAGAAAUGGGGCAUUAAUUCCAAACGAGAAAACUUCUACAAGAGAAUGGCUAAUGAUACAGAAGAGCGAGUCAGAAGAAAACAAGUACUGAGAAACAUCUUGAAUAAGCCGAAUCCGAGAGGUAGCUCCUUAGGACACCAGGUUGCUCUGCCAAAAGAUCUUUUUAGAAAGCGUAACAAGAGUCAUAUUUAGCAUGAGGAGUAAAGAUCAGAAGAUUAAGGCCAGAAUACCCCCAUUUAUUAAGCUAAAGGACAUGAAGAAGAUGGUGAAGAUACCUAGGAAGGUUUAUAACAAUAAUUAGCACUACCUCAAUAAUAUCUGA